AUGGAUCAUUUCCGGUCCCUAGAACCAUCGGAUCCCGGUUCCACCGCUGAGUCGACGAUCUCCGCGGGCACCUUCACGUUCAUCACGUUUCUUCGUCCGAAUCGCUUGAUCGAGCUUCGACGAUUCUGGGAAACGGAAGAAAGUACACCGAGUUCAUGGACGACUAUGAAAGGCUCGGACAUAUGCGACCUGCUCCUCGGCUGCGUUAACCCACCGAUCAGGUUGUGUACAUCCCGCAUCACGCGGUUGUUCGGUCCGAAACUGCAGACCGACCUGCCCGCGGUCAUCAUGCAAUGGCGUCAACACAAAUACGUAUAUUCGGCCGACAUCGUGAAGAUGUACCACCAAAUCCGCAUUCACGAGGACGAUGUUGAUUACCAACGAAUCGUCUGGCUUGACGCGCAAUCCCGGCCGCUCGAUUAUCAGCUUCUCACCGUUAUCUACGGAAUGGCCUGUUCCCCCUUCCUUGCACUCGGAGUCAUACGUCAGUUAAGUCGCGACGAAGGACACCGGUUCCCGUUGGCGGUUCAGGUCCUCCGGGAUAAAAUUUACGUUGACGAUGUUCUCUUCGGAGCCGACGAUCUAACUCGCAUUCGGCUGGUCCGUGACCAGAUAAUCGCGCUUUUGCAAAGCGGGGGAUUCACGCUCCGUAAGUGGUCUAGUAAUUCGGUCGAGCUCCUCGCCGAUAUCGACAGGGCUAAUCACGGGCUCGCCUGCAGUAAGGAUCUCUCCUCCGACGACCGCGUAAAAAUUCUCGGAAUCGGGUGGAAUUCGUCAGCCGAUGCUUUCGAGUUCAGAGUGUCGCUGCCUGAUAUCGAACCGCGAACCAAACGGCUUAUUCUUUCGUCGAUUGCGAAACUGUUCGACCCACUCGGCUGGGUAACACCCGUCAUCACGACUGCCAAAAUCUUCAUGCAGCAGCUCUGGAAGACGAAACUCGGUUGGGACGAGUCCAUCCCCGAUCCGCUGUUAAACGCGUCCACUUUAGCUUACGCGGCCGCGGUCUAUAUCAAAACCGUCCAGUACGACGGGGAAGUACGCGUCACUCUGCUCGUCGGAAAGUCGAAGGUCGCUCCACUCAAGCCGAUGACCAUUCCGCGGCUAAAACUCUCCGCCGCGGGGUUACUUGCUAAACUUAUUCCCUUCGCUCGACGUAAUCUCGGAAUAGACGAUCUUCCGUGCCACUGUUGGACUGACUCCACAGUGGUACUAGACUGGAUCUCUCAGCAUCCAUCCCGCUGGCGAACCUUCGUCGCCAACCGGGUCGCUGAGGUCCAAGAGCAAUUAGCAAGCUGCGAAUGGCAUCACGUACCCACGGACUGCAAUCCCGCCGACUGCGCGUCCCGUGGAGUACUCGCCAACGAAAUCGGGACUCAUCCACUAUGGUGGCAUGGUCCAUCCUGGCUUAAGCUGUCAGCGGACAACUGGCCCUCACGACCGGCCAUCCCUACCGCCGACGCCUCUCUCGAAGAGAAGUGA